AGUCAGCUGCAGGGUCAGCCUGGGUCUGGUGAGUCUUUAACUGUUCAUGCGACCUUUGGGCUGGGAGUGUCCAUCCCAGAGACACAUGUGACUGGAGGCUUGGAGCUAGAAGCUGGUGGGCAAGUGAGCCCCUGGGGAUUCUGGAGCCACACCAUGGAAGGUGCUGAGUUGAGGCUGCUGGACAACAUGGCCCACCUCACCCAGGAGCUUGGCACGGCCUUCUUCCAGAGGCACCAGCUGACAGCGGCCAUGGCCGACACUUUCCUGGAGCAUCUCUGUUUGCUGGACAUCGACUCUGAGCCCAUCACCACCCGCAAUACCGGCAUCAUCUGCACCAUAGGUCCUGCCUCCCGCUCUGUGGAGAUGCUGAGGGAGAUGAUUAAGGCUGGGAUGAACAUUGCACGCCUGAACUUCUCGCAUGGCUCACAUGAGUAUCAUGCUGGAUCCAUUGAAAACAUCCGGGAGGCAACUGAGAGCUUCACCUCCAACCCCCUUUUCAACCGCCCUGUGGCCAUCGCCCUGGACACCAAGGGGCCGGAAAUCCGCACGGGCGUGGUGAAAGCGGGCGAGAACAUGGAGGUGGAGCUAGUGAAGGGUUCCCGGGUGACGGUCACCACUGACGAUGCCUUCAAGGAGUGCUGCGACCAGGCCACCAUCUGGGUGGAUUACAAGAACCUCCCCAACGUUGUCAAGGUCGGUGGGAAGAUCUUUGUGGAUGAUGGGCUCAUCUCCCUGCUGGUCAAGGAAAUCAGUGCUGACAGCUGCAUAACAGAGGUGGAAAAUGGUGGGAUGCUGUGUAGCCGCAAGGGGGUCAACCUGCCAGGGGCAGAGGUUGACCUCCCAGCUGUGUCCGAGCGGGACAUCCGUGACCUGCACUUCGGGCUGCAGCAUGGUGUGGACAUGAUCUUCGCCUCCUUCAUCCGCAAAGCCGCAGAUGUGGCCGCUAUCCGGGACGUGCUGGGCGAGCGCGGCCGCGCUAUCAAGAUCAUCAGCAAGAUCGAGAACCACGAGGGUGUCACAAAGUUCGAUGAGAUCCUGGAAGCCAGUGAUGGAAUAAUGGUGGCUCGUGGGGACCUGGGCAUCGAAAUCCCAGCUGAGAAAGUCUUCCUGGCUCAGAAGAUGAUGAUUGGCCGCUGCAACCGUGCCGGGAAGCCUGUGAUCUGUGCUACGCAGAUGCUGGAGAGCAUGAUCAAGAAGCCCCGUCCCACCCGGGCAGAGAGCAGCGAUGUGGCCAAUGCUGUGCUGGACGGAGCUGACUGCAUCAUGUUGUCAGGAGAAACAGCCAAGGGGGCCUACCCCGUGGAAGCUGUGCGCAUGCAGCAUGCGAUUGCCAGGGAGGCCGAGGCCGCCAUCUAUAACCAGCAGCUGUUUGAGGAGUUGCGCAAGGUGACCCCUCUGAGCCAGGACCCCACUGAGGUGACAGCCAUUGGGGCCGUGGAGGCGUCCUUCAAGAGCUGCGCUGCGGCCAUCAUUGUGCUGACCACUUCGGGCAGGUCUGCACAGCUGAUCUCCCGCUACCGGCCUCGUGCCCUCAUCAUUGCCGUGACACGGAACGAGCAGGUGGCACGCCAGGCGCACCUGUGCCGGGGCGUCUUCCCUGUGCUUUAUCGGGGGGCACAGCAGAAGGUGUGGGCAGAUGAUGUGGAUCGUAGAGUGCAGUUCAGCAUAGAGAUGGGGAGGGUGCGUGGAUUCCUGCGCUCCAAUGAUGUCGUCAUUAUCGUGACAGGCUGGAGACCUGGCGCCGGCUACACCAACAUCAUGCAGGUGGUGAAGGUGUCGUGAAAAGCUGCUGGGAGAGAGGGGCUGGGGCAGAUGCUUCCAUCUCCCACGCUGGGAGCUCCCUGCUCCUGCCUUUUCCCUCCAUGCUGUGGCCCUGUCUGUAUCACACAGUUCCAGGCUUCAGCCAGUAAACAUUCCCACCCAA